CACACACACACACACACAGUGAUCAUGGCGGCUCGUCGGGUCGUGUCUCUGUCGCUCGGUUCUUUGGCUCCUCGCGCUCGGCUGGUUCGGGCUCAGCAGCAGCAGCAGCGGACCGCAGUGAGCACCACCUCCGGCGCCAUUCUGCCCAAACCCAAGAAAACGGCGUUCGGUCUGGUCCGGAUCAUGAUGGUCGUGGCUCCGUUCCUGUACGUCGGGACGAUGAUCAGCAAGAACUUCGCGGCUCUGCUGGAGGAACACGAUAUAUUCGUACCCGAGGAUGACGACGAUGACGACUGAUCUCAGGUGCUGCUGGAGAUUCGCUCAGUAAACACUGGAGGAUCCGUGUGCAAACACUCAUCCUGGAGGAUACGAUUCAUCUGUCUGUAACUGUGUAUUUAUGAAACGGUUCAAACGCAGCAAUGCUGAAUUACUGAUUCUGUUGAACACUGAUCUAUAAUAGGGAUAUACACACACACUCACGAAUCGAAUCAGUCGAGUGAACGAUUCAACGAAUGUGAACGAGGUUCUGCUGACAAUAAACACAUUUAUAAUGUUUCAAAAGAUUCUAUUUCAAAUAAAUGCUGUUUGUUUGACCUUUAUACUCAUCAAAACAUCCUGAUAAAUAAAAUGUAUGACUGUUUCAACACUGA